AUGCACCAGCGGAUGAAGAGCCUGGUGGCGACCGCCAAGGAGCGCACGCAGGCGGCGCCGGUGGGGUCGCAGGACUUGGUGACCCUCAGGGGCGCGGGCCAGGUGGUGGGAGACCUCUGCCUAGGCGGCCGCCCCGCCCCCGCCUCCGCCACCGUGCGUGCGCGCAACCGGGUGCGGGCGCUGCUGGUGCGGCGCCAAGACGCGGACGCGCUCAGGAGCCAGCCGCUCGUGAAGGCCGCCCUUGCGCGGACGCAAACCGAGUCCUCAAUUUUGGAAGUCCUGGAGCGCUUUGCAUCUUUUGACUCAGAGGUCAUGGCCGCGGACGAGAUCCGCCGCGCGACGCUCGGCGCGGCCACCGGCUCGGGCGUCGGCGCGCCGCCGAGCCCGCUCAGCAUGGGGCAGGGCGGCGGCGGCGGCGACGGCGGCGGCGGGCAAGGCGCGGGGGGCCCGUUCGGCCUGGGCGUGGCGGGGCAGUCGGGGCCGCCGUCGCCGAGGGGGCAGCUGCGGAGCCUGCUGUCGCUGCGGUCUGAUCGGGGGUGA